GCCCGGUUGGUGAGUGGGUGGGCCGGUUGCCUGGCAGGGUCGAGCUGCUCCGCCGUCGCUGCCGCCGCAGCCUCCCAGCCGCCUCAGUCCCAGCGGCGACCCCUCCGUGCGAUGGCGAAGGCGCACCGGCGGCGGCAGAAGAAGCAGCAGCAGCGAAGCCCUCGGCCUCUGCCUGCCGACACGUAGCGGGGCCGCGUCGCCCGGCGAGGAGGGAGUUGGUAGAGAAGAUGGAAGGCAACAGCCAGCUUUGCAUUCAGCGUUGGUCUACCAGGCAUGUAGCCAAAUGGCUGAAGGAAGAAGGCUUCUGUGAGUAUGUGGACAUUUUGUGUGACAAGCACAGAUUAGAUGGAAUUACAUUACUGACGCUGACUGAAUACGACUUGAGGUCUCCUCCUCUGGAAAUCAAGGUUCUAGGUGAUAUCAAACGGCUCAUGUUGUCAAUUCGCAAGUUACAGAAGCACCACAUUGAAGUUUUGGAAGAGCUUGGUUACAACAGUGAUAGUCCCAUUGGUUCUCUGUCGCCUGUGAUUGGCACCCUUCAAGGAACAGACUGGUUUUGCAAUGGCGAGGUUCAACGGGAUUGUGAUGACUGUGAGCCUGUUGCCGAUUUGAACGCUGAUCAGUAUGCAAAUGGAAAAAACAAACAUCCUACGCGAAGACUGAACCCAGAGUAUUGGAAGACAGCUUUGAGUUGUAUAUAUGUUUUUAUUGUGUUUGGCUUCACAUCAUUUGUCAUGGUUAUCGUGCACGAGAGAGUUCCUGACAUGCAGACAUACCCACCACUACCAGACAUAUUCCUAGACAGUGUUCCUAGGAUACCAUGGGCUUUUGCCAUGACUGAAGUAUGUGGUGUGGUUCUCUGCUACAUCUGGCUGCUCGUUCUUCUACUUCACAGACACAGGUCGAUCCUUCUGCGACGGUUAUGCAGUCUUAUGGGGACAGUGUUCUUGUUGCGUUGCAUUACAAUGUUUGUGACCUCAUUAUCUGUGCCAGGCCAACAUCUGCAGUGUUCUGGAAAGUUGUAUGGCAACGUGUGGGCAAAACUUCAGCGAGCCUUUGCAAUCUGGAGUGGGUUUGGCAUGACGCUAACAGGAGUACAUACCUGUGGAGACUACAUGUUCAGCGGCCAUACGGUUGUCCUAACCAUGCUCAACUUCUUUGUCACUGAAUAUACGCCAAGAAGCUGGAAUUUCUUGCACACACUGUCCUGGGUGCUGAAUCUCUUUGGGAUUUUCUUCAUUUUGGCAGCCCAUGAACAUUACUCCAUAGAUGUCUUCAUUGCCUUCUAUAUCACCACGAGACUAUUUUUGUACUACCACACGCUGGCGAAUACAAGAGCCUAUCAACAGAGUAGGAGGGCCAGGAUCUGGUUUCCUAUGUUCUCUUUUUUUGAAUGCAACGUAAAUGGCACCGUUCCAAAUGAGUAUUGCUGGCCCUUCGCAAAGCCAUCAAUAUUGAAAAGGUUAAUUGGCUAAAGAAGACUGGUUUGAAUUCACAUCUGUGUGAAGUCUUUUCGAUUAACUUUCUACAGGAACAGCUGCACAAAAAGGGUAUGUUAUUCACGUGCAGCAAGGCUACAAGGCACCGGUCAAAAUGCAGCAAAGUUAAGUCACUACUUGUUCUUUGGCAUUCUUUAACGUCUGGAGAACUUUGAGCUGUCUUUGGAUGAAGGAAAGACAUUGGAUCUAUAUAACAUCAAGUGCAACCUAUUUAGCUGUCUCAAACAAAAACUAACACGUGUCAUACCUUUAAAAUAAUUGUUUGCCUAAUGAGAAUAGGGUGCAUUUUGGGAGGGGAAAUCAUGAGAGGGAAACACACCCUGACGAAAAAGGGCCCCAAGGCCUUUAGUAAAAGAAAUUGUGCCGUGUGACGCAAAGUUUCUGUCUUGGUACCCAAACGACAACCGUGAACAGAGCUUCAUUGACUUGGAGCACAUGACUUCAUGCUAUUGUACCAUCCCGAGGUUUUCCUUGUUUACAUUUCAGUGAAUCGGUGAGAAAUAAACACCUUAUCUUUUUUGAAA